AUGGCAGGGCCGCUGACAGGCGCGCAAGGCUUUGAGCCCUGCUGGACCCGCGGCGGCUUCACCUACCAGGACUGCUGCGUGGGGCUGCCGAACCCCUCCUGCUUUGAUGCCGUGUUCACGGAGGAACGCUGCUGCAUGGACGCGGACAACGACCCUGAGUGCUGGCGCUUCGCACGGCGGCACAUCUCGUCCGCGCUGCGUCUGGUGGAGGCGCAGGCUGCCUCUGGCCCGGAAGCCUUGCAGCUGCAGGCGCAGGCGUUGCGCCGCUACAGCGAGGAUGACGGGCUGCUCUAUGCAUUUUGCUGCAACGGCUUUCACAACGAGUACUGCUGGGGGCCCGCAGUGCCCGAGGCACUUCUGUCCGAUCCUGAUGCAUGGGAAGGGGCGCGCGCCUGA